AUGUCGGACGCGGGCGGCGACUCCAAGCCUGGCGCGGGCGCCAUCGAGGUCGCCAUGGACGAGGCCGUGCGGUUCGAGCACAACCUCACCUUCUUCCAGGCCUGUAAGCUCUACCCGGCCGCCAUCGGCUGGUCCGUGUUUGUGUCGCUCGGCGUCAUCAUGCUAGCCUUUGACCCGCAACUGCUCGGCAACCUCUACGCCAUGCCGCAGUUCCAGCAGGACUUUGGCUAUUUGUAUGAUGGAAACUACAUCAUCAGCGCGCCGUGGCAGACGGGCCUGUCCAUGGGCAACCCGGUGGGGCAGGUGGUUGGGGCGCUGAUCGCGGGGUACCCGAUGGAGCGGUUCGGGCGCAAGUGGACGUUUGGGGCGUGCGUGGCCAUGACGACGGGGCUGGUCUUCAUCCAGUUCUUUGCGCGGUCGCUCGAGGUGCUGCUGGCUGGCGAGCUGCUGGGCGGGCUGGUGUUGGGGUGCUACGCCGUCAUCGCGCCCGCCUACUCGUCUGAGGUGUGCCCCAUGGCCAUCCGCGGCGUGCUGACCAGCUACGUCAACCUGUGCUUCGUCAUCGGCCAGCUGCUAGGCAACAGCAUCUGCGCCGGCACCGCCAAGCUCGGCGACCACUGGGCCUACUCCAUCCCCUUCGCCCUGCAGUGGUUCUGGUGCCUCAUCAUCCUGCCCGGCCUGCUGUGGGUCCCCGAGAGCCCCUGGUGGCUUGUCCGCAAGGGCCGUAUCGCCGACGCCGAGGCCGUCCUGCGACGCCUGGCCUCGACCAAAGUCGACAUCCGCCAGACCCUGGCCGUCAUCAUCGAGACGGACCGCCUCGAGCAGGAGCUUGAGAUGGGCAGCACGUACUGGGACUGCUUCAAGGGCGUCAACCUCCGCCGCACCGAGAUCUCGGUUGGUGUGUACUGCACCCAGGUCCUGAGUGGCAUCUACCUGAUCAACUACGGCACCUACUUCUUCAACCUCGCCGGCCUGCCCACCGAAGAGGCGUUUGACAUGGGCAUUGGGUUCCUUGCCGUCGGCUUCCUCGGCACCGUCAUCUCGUGGCCGCUGAUCGUGCGGUACGGACGGCGGACCAUCUACAACACAGGGCUGUUCGUGCUGGUGGUGAUGCAGCUCGUCAUCGGGAUCCUCGACUGCAUCCCCGGGCGGCCAGACAACGUCAUCUGGGCGCAGUCGUCGCUGAUGCUGGUGUGGAACUUUUUCUACGACCUGUCCAUCGGGCCCGUGUGCUUCACCAUCAUCUCCGAGGCCAGCGCGACACGCGUGCGCUCCAAGAGCAUCGCCGUCGCCACCGCCGCCCAGGGCGCCCUCGGCUGCGUCAUGACCGUCGCCAUCCCCUACAUGAUCAACCCCGACCAGGCCAACAUGCAGGGCAAGCUGGGCUUCUUCUUUGGCGGCCUGGCUGCGAUUUGUUUUGUGUGGGCAUAUUUCAGGGUUCCCGAGACCAAGGGCCGCACGUUUGAGGAGCUGGAUCUGUUGUUUGAGCGCAAGGUGCCCACGCGCCAGUUCGGGGCCUAUGUCAUUGAGUCUGAGGGCCAUUGA